CUCUCUCGCUCUCUCAGUAAACAUGGCGGCUGGCUAACGGCUGUUUAGAGAAGACUUCGGAUUCCUCUUUCAGUAACAACACGUGUCUUUAUUAACGUCUGAUACACAAAGCAGCGUGUGUGGGGCUUUGUGCUCUUAAGGGAUUUUUUUUCUUAAUUAAAAGGGUGAAGGGGACGCAGCGACACGAUGGGGCGACGCUCGACCUCCUCCACCAAGAGUGGGAAAUUCAUGAAUCCCACCGACCAGGCCAGAAAGGAGGCCAGGAAAAGGGAGUUAAAGAAGAACAAGAAGCAGAGGAUGAUGGUGAGAGCGGCGGUGCUGAAGAUGAAAGACCCCCGACAGAUCAUCAGAGACAUGGAGAAGCUGGAUGAGAUGGAGUUCAACCCGGUCCAGCAACCGCUGCUGAAUGAGAAAGUUCUGCGGGACAAGAGGAAGAAGCUCCGAGAGACGUUUGAACGCAUCGUCCGUCUGUACGAGAGAGAAAACCCCGACACCUACAAGGAGCUGCGGAAGCUCGAGUUGGACUACGAGACCAAACGGGGGCAGCUGGCUCUCUACUUCGACUCGGUCAAGAAUGCAGAGUCAGUGGAGGUGGACAGCAUCCCUCUACCAGAUAUGCCUCACGCUCCCUCCAACAUCCACAUUCAGGACAUCCCUCUCCCCGGAGCCCAGCCCCCCUCCAUCCUGAAGAAGAACGCCCCUUUCGGAAAAGGACCUCUGUCGGCUGGACCCAUUUUGGCGACAGUACCAGGCGUACCACGGUUACCUCCAGGGAAGAAACCCCCCGGACCCCCGCCUGGCCCCCCUCCCCCCCAGGUUCUGGCUCUGUACGGCAUUCCUUCUCGACGGGUUUACGGCACAGACACGGAGCCUUCCAUUCCCGGCUUGGAGAAAGACCUGGCGAUGGAGCUGGGCCGAGACCGGGACAGCUGCAGCGACAGCGACAGAGACCGCGACGACGUGGACGACGACGACAGCGACUCUGAGGAAGACAGCGAGGAAGAGCGUGACGAGGGGGGGGACGGCGACCAGAGGAUGAGUGUGGACCGACAGGACGAGGAUAGGGAGCGAGACGACGAGAGAGACCGGAACGAGAGGCACGCGGGUCGCAGUGUUCGUUUUGCCGACAUGCCUCCAGAGGCCCUCCGGGACGGGAAAAAGAAGAAGAAGAAGAGGUUGGUGAAGAAGACGAAGGCCAUCACCCCUCUGCAGGCCAUGAUGCUCAGGAUGGCAGGUCAGUCCAUUCCUGAGGACGAGGAAGAGGAGGAGGUGGAGGAAGAGUACACGGACGAAUCGGACAGCUCGGACAUCGAGGACCGAGGGCCCCCGGGGGAGAGCCAGCCUCACCUCAUGGCUAAUCCUCGACUCCCCCCUCCUGCAGUGGGACAGCAAGGACCUCCGCACAUGCAGGGUCCACCAAUGACCGGACCCCCGCCACUCGGUCCACCCCCAAAUCCUCCCAUGAGGCCCCCUGGUCCACCCUCUGGUCCCCCGCCUGGACCACCACCAGGCGCUCCUCCGUUCCUGAGGCCUCCCGGUAUUCCUGGAGGAAUGAGGGGUCCGAUGCCUCGUCUCCUGCCUCCCGGUCCUCCUCCAGGUCGGCCCCCGGGUCCCCCGCCUGGUCCUCCUCCUGGUCUCCCACCAGGCCCCCCACCACGGGGACCCCCUCCCAGACUGCCACCCCCUGCACCACCAGGUAUCCCACCUCCUCCCCCGAGAGCAGGAGGGCCCCCCCGUCCCCUCGCACCCCCGCUCUCCCUCUUCCCCCCCCCUCUCAACUCCAAUGUGCUCAGCGCUCCUCCCAACAUCGUGCAGCGGCAAAAAGGCUCCGGAUCCAACCAGGACGGUCCUCAAAACAACAUGCCGCCCCCGCCGAUGCCCAUGUCCAUGCGUCCAGGGGGGGUCAUGCAGAUGCCCCCCCCACCGGGGACAUCCAACGCCGCCAACAACCCCCCCGGCGGGAACCCCCACCACGCCGCCACCAUCGAGAAGCGAGCCAACAUCACGUCCGUCGCCGCAGCCGGAGGGGGUUUGGUGUCGGGGGGCGGCGCCGGGGGCGGGGCCACCAUUUCAGCCAAACCUCAGAUCAUCAACCCAAAGGCGGAGGUCACCCGCUUCGUACCCACUGCGCUGAGGGUGCGAAGGGACAAGGGGGGAGGGAUGAUGCCGGGGCCUCACGAGAAGUCGGGGGGUGGAGGGAGGAGGAAAGACGAAGGCAUGGGGCAGAAGCAGCAGGCGACCGCGGCCUCCAUGGGGUACGUGAACCCCAACCAGAUGGGGGCGGUGUCGCAGUCCAACAUGAAGAGUAAGGACCAGAUGUACGAGGCGUUUAUGAGGGAGAUGGAGGGGCUGCUCUGAGACUAUGGGGGGGGGGGGGGGGGGACAGAAGGAGUGUUCUUCUGUGCAGAUGUAGAGUGGUGCAGGAAUGAGUCUGUGAAAUGAGUUCAGCACUUCCUGGUCUGUAAGUCAAUGGUUUUCUGAAUGUGUUUUUGGUUGUGAGUCAUAAGUAAGAUCUGUGGUUAACACCUUAGCUUUUAACCUCCCAUGGAAAACUGCCAUUGACUUUUUGUGGAGGGAACCAGGGAGAUGCUGCCUUCAGGGGCAGACUACAACAGUUGGACAUCCCUGCACCACUCUUUUGAGGUAGCUGCUCCAUCAGUGUGUGUUCUGUGAGCACUGCACUCAUUUCAGUUAUAGUUGUUGUAUUUAGGAGACUUUGAUGUACGUCACAAAUCAGAUUUAUGGGAUGGUUUGCUUUUAGGAGGCGAGUCAUAAAGGAACACUGUAAGCUACCAUGCUUUGUGUUCUCCAGUAUGUUUAUUUUUUCCUCCGCCCAACUCUUUGUGACUUACCAUGACCAGAAAAAGCUUUUUGUACCAUUGUGAUUUUAUCUCCUAAACAUCAGAAUAAAGGUGUGGAAUAUUUCUCAUUCGCUGACAAAAUACCUGUGAAACUGUGUGAUCUGCAGCUGAAUAAAUACUUUGUACCUCA